GGGGAUCUGCUGGACCUGAUCCCGGCACUGGUGCCCGGCGAGGCGCCCCUCGUGAGUCAGUAUAAAGCUCCUCCGAUGGGCCACUGCUCCGCGCUCAUAAAGAUGCUGCCCGGCUACGAGAACCUGUUGUUCGCUCACUCCAGCUGGUACACGUACGCCGCCACCAUGCGCAUCUACAAACACUGGGACUUCAAGCUGAGCGAACCACACACAGCCACUGGGAAACUGUCCUUCAGCAGCUACCCUGGGUUCCUGGUGUCUCUGGAUGAUUUCUAUCUGCUGGGCAGCGGUUUGAUGAUGACCCAGACCACGAAUAACGUCUUCAACACCUCGCUGUACUCCUACAUCACUCCUGCCAGUCUGUUCUCCUGGCAGAGGGUUCGACUGGCACACGUACUGGCGCAGACCGGAGAGCAGUGGGCGCAGACCUUCUCCAGAUACAACUCCGGCACGUAUAAUAACCAGUACAUGGUUGUGGACACCAGUAAAGUGAUCCUGGGCAGCCGUCUGGAUGACGGGGCGCUGACUGUGGUCGAGCAGAUCCCGGGACUGGUGGAGUAUUCGGACCAGACGCAGACGCUGCGCAGAGGUUACUGGCCGUCCUACAACGUGCCGUUCCACCGUAAGGUCUAUGACCUGAGUGGGUACGUGCAGAUGUGGAAGGAUUAUGGCGAGGACUUUUCCUAUGACCUUUGCCCUCGCGCCAAGAUUUUCCGCCGCGACCAGUCUUCAGUGAGCGACCUUAUGACCCUCAAACACAUCAUGAGAUACAACGAUUAUAAGAAUGACCCGUACUCGCAGGGCGACCCGUGUAAGUCCAUCUGCUGUCGCAACGACCUGCGUGAGCAUCAUGCCAGUCCUGGAGGAUGUUACGACACCAAGGUGACGGAUCUGCUCAUGGCUCGGGGGUUCGUGGCGGAGGCGCUGAACGGUCCCACCACUGAAGGAGGACUCCCCGUCUUCUCCUGGGACACCUUCAACAGCACGACACACCAGGGUCUUCCUCUCAGCUACAACUUCAGCUUCGUCAGCAUGCAGCCGCAGCUCUUCCGCCCCUGAGGAUCAUGGGAGUUCACUGUUGCUAACACCAAUCUGUCCAAUCAGCUGUUAUUCUGAACGCUAAACUCUUCCGCCCUCUUUUGACAAUCAGUCCACGACUUUACGCCUCUUUUGAUUGAUGGAUUGAAGAAGUUAAUCGCGAUGAUUAGUGCACACUGUGUGUUUAUGACUAUGGAAGCCCAUUUAAGCUUUGGUUAAUCAUAGUUAUCACAAAAAAAUCAAAAUUAUGAGAAAUAUUCAUGAGAUGAAAAGUCAAAAUUGACAUACUAAGUCAUAUUUAUGAGUCAAAAUGAUAUUAAUUUGCAUAAAUAGGCAUACUAAUGACAGAUUAAUGAGUUUGUGAGUCAACAACGACUUAUCAUAAUUAAGAUUUACCGAAGAAUAGUUAUCACAAGAAAAGUCAAAAUUCAUGAAAAGUCAACAGUAUGAUAAUUAUCGUUAUGAGAUUAAAAAGUAUAUUUUUGAGAUGAUAAAUCUAAAUUAUGACAGACAUGAUUAGGGAUUAAAUUGAAAUUAUGACACUAAAUCAUAUUAAAGAGAUGAAAAGUCAAAAUUAUGACAGUCAUAUUUAUGAGUCAAAAGGAUGGCGUAAAUAGUUAUAAUUAUGACAAAUUAUUCAGCUUGUAAGUCAACCAUCUCAUAAUUUCAACAAUAUGAGGCGUCGUUUUUCGCCUAUUUGUGUCAUAAAUUUACCGAAGUAUGGUUGUUUUUCUUUUGACUUGUCGCGUUACUUAGUAUGCAAUAAAUUUGACUUUUUUUGUCAGUUUUGACAUUAAUUUUGACUAUUUUUGUCAUAAAUAUGACUUUAGUGAAGCAUGACUGCUUUCUCAUGUCAGAAAUGUGUCUUUAAUGACAUGUUUAUAGUGAGGAAGGUUUGUUUUGAGUCCUGACGAACAACACGAGCAGAAAAACAAAGUGUGUGUGAGCAAUUCUAAUGUCUUGUUGACGUGUUUGCCGGUGUGAAGAUGUUUUCUCUCAGGGAACUCGUGUCUGUUAGUAUUACCGUGUGACUGAUCUCCUCAUAUCUGGAUUUUUGUAAUCUGAUCUGUGCUUUUGUCUUUGAUUCAAUCAAUGAAUAAACACAAACCUCA